ACUUCGCAAAGCGGAACCAUACAGCGCCAAGCAGCAGGUCCUACACGGACGUCUUUAUACGACGCAGAGCCGCAGAUGCAACGGCUGGGAAAUGGCUGUCACUCUCCACACAGACCUCGGAGACAUUAAAAUUGAAUUAUUCUGUGAGCGCACACCCAAAUCAUGCGAGAACUUCCUUGCCCUGUGUGCCAGCGGCUUCUACAAUGGCUGCCUCUUCCACCGAAAUAUUAAAGGCUUCAUGGUUCAGACUGGAGAUCCUACAGGCACCGGUAAAGGAGGAACAAGUAUCUGGGGUCGCAAAUUUGAAGACGAGUUCAGUGAACACUUGAAACACAACGUAAGAGGAGUGGUGUCAAUGGCAAAUAAUGGCCCCAACACAAAUGGAUCACAGUUUUUCUUCACAUAUGCCAAGCAGCCCCAUCUGGACAUGAAGUACACAGUGUUUGGAAAGAUUAUAGAUGGCUUGGAGACACUGGAUGAGCUGGAGAAACUGCCUGUCAACGAAAAGUCAUUCCGACCUUUGACUGAAACUCGGAUAAAGGAUGUGACCCUCCAUGCAAACCCUUUUGCAAUAUAGAAGACAGUGUCCACAUGUGUCGACAUGCAGGAGACACUGACACAGACUUUUCACAAUAGGCAGGACCAAUAAGAGGAGCUUGAUCUGGUGACUCUGAAGUCUGUAGUCAUCUGAAGCGAAGGCUGAAGGUUUUUCUGUUUACCGUCAUGUGUAAACAGUUACAUCUGCAGUGAGGCAACAAAUUCCUGGCUUUGUAUGGAAUUGGUGUAAGGAUUAUGGACUUUUUUGUACAUUUAAAUUGACAAUGCCUUGUGCUAAAUAAAAAUUUUAUACUUGUUUGCUA